UUUUGCCCCACCCACUUCUUGUUUCCUUUUAUGCCCUCCUAAUCAUCCCUAUAUAGUCCCAGACAUACUCUCCCUGUGAUAUUAACCCUGAAAGUGGGUGUUGUAUUUGAGGCUCCAAAAAGCAUUUCCAUCAACUAACCAGACAGCAGUUUUGUGGAAACCAUGGCAAAAGAAAACAUUUUCUUCAUGACAAUAAAUCUACUUAUAGUGUUUUGUGGCACAGAUGCCAAAAUGGAAAUCAUUACCAGCAAGCAAGACGUUCAAGUUGGAGUUGAGCUUUUAUUGUUGUGUAAAGCUGGGGGAGAAGGACAUAUAACAUGGCAAAAGGAUGACGAGGACAUUGAUGAAGAGAUGAUUACAAAAGUGGAUGAGUCCUCCUCUAAAUUGGUCAUCAAGAGUGCCACAGUGGAGGAUGCAGGAAGGUACACCUGCCAGUGUGAUUUUGACAGCGGCCACAAUGAUGAGGUUCAGACACGGAUUUUUGUUUAUGAGGGUCCGUCUUUUGAAACUACUCCCACCUACCAUGAGUUUUUGGAGGGCACAGAUGGAGCAGUGCCUUGCCGGGUGUCUGGCCAGCCAGCUGUGGAGGUCCGCUGGAUAUAUAGCACAGAAUCGAUGUCGUCUCAUGGAAGGAAUGUGCAACAGAUGCCUGAUAACACGCUCCUGUUUAAGAAAGUGAAGCGACAAGAUACCGGAACUUAUGUGUGCAAUGCCCAAAUCAAAGGAAGGCCUGUCUUUAAGCAACUUUCUAUAUCGGUGGUUGUCAAUGCUCCUCCAACUGUGCAUCUGAAAGAAGAGGUGAAAAAAGUCAUAGCUGGACCAGAAACCAAUGUUUCCUUGAUGUGUUUGGUUGACGGCCACCCGAAACCAAAUAUCACCUGGGACAUGCCAGCAUUAUAUGACCCUACACAUCAUACAUUCAACUCUGACAACAGCCAGUUGACCAUCAGGUCCGUUGUCAGAGAGGACUACGGGGAGUACAUCUGCACCGCAACCAACAAGAUCAGUGAAAGCAGUGCUACAGUUAUGCUUCAUGUCUUUGAGACCCCUGAAGUGUCAUUGACUGUAGAGCACUUGAAUAUUAGUGUGGGUGAGAGCGUGGCUGUGGCCUGCAAUGUUUCUGGCCUUCCUCAGCCUGAGCUGCACUGGAUCAACAAAUUCAAUGGACAUACAUUGGACUCGCCUUCUGGUCAUGUCCGUGUUGAGGGUGGAGUUUUAGUGAUCGACAAAAUAGUGCCUUCUGAUGGUGGUCUGUAUUCCUGCAUGGCUGUUGGCAGUAUUGGCAAUGCGUCAAGAGAUGUUGCAAUUCUCACCCAGCCUGGUCCACCACCCUAUCUGUCAGUCUCAUCUGGACCCGCAUCUAUCUUUUUCUCCCUUAAAACGCCACCCAUCAAUGGGGGAACACCAAUUACAAAUUUCAGCCUGCAGUGGCGACAAAAUGCAGCUGAGCAGUGGCAAGAGGUCACAGUGCCAGCUGCAGAUACCUUGGCUGUAACCUCCCUCAACCCCUACACAAUGUACACUGUACGUUUGGCUGCCUUGAAUGCAGUGGGACUGGGCCAAUUCUCAGACACGCACGACGUCCGUACCCAAGGGAUACGUGGUGAACCAGACAGCCCAGUUUUAUUGUGUGAUGAGAUGAAAGUAGGGGGCAACUCUUUUUUCAUCCCUCUUAGACAUGCUGAUAUCGGUGGGACGCCUCUCCUGCACUACAAUCUCCGAUAUCGAGAGGAUAAAGAUAGUGCCAAGUGGAAAGAGAAGCAGCUGUCAUCAAGCACUGACUCUGUCACCCUCAUAGACCUGACUUUCGGCUCUGAUUAUCAACUGGAAGUCAUAGCAGUUAAUGCUAAUGGUACAUCGCUUCCAGCAAAAUUCAACUUCACCAUUGCAGAGAAACCUGUGCGCAGCAGCUUGACAAAAGGCAGCGUGGUUGGGAUAGUCAUGGUGAUCUUCCUGGUGAUUUUCUUUGCGGUGGAUGUCACCUGCUGUUACAGAAACCGCUGUGGCCUGCUCAUGUCCAUCGCUGUAAAACUUUUUGGACAGAAAGUCCCAGGCCUCAAGGCGUUUGAAGAAGGAGAUGGGGGCAUUAAUGGGGAAGUUAAAAUGAAUGGGAUGUCCACUCCAAGAGGUAUCAGGCACCAUACAGGAGUUCAGACACUUUCCUCAAAGGAUGGGGGAAUACUCUCAGAAGUUACCAAUGACAAAGCAUCUCUCACUAAACAUGAAAAAACUCAACAAGACAGGAAUCUGCCUAGUGUAGAUGCAUGAGGCUAACGUCAAGAAAAGGAAAACGAGGGACAACCGGAAAAAUACACUUUUCACAGAGAAGAUAACAAUUUGAGUGUAAUUUCGAGCAGGAAAAAAGAGAUUAUUACUCUCAUACUUUUGUGAUGUUGAUGUGUACAAAAAAAUGAAGACAGCUAGCAUGUAAAACCUUUCCUGACACAUCUUCUCAUAUUGAAAGAAAACAUUCCAGUUAAAAAGUCAAAUUACUGGUAAUAUAUAUUUUUUCAUCAUCUCAUGUUGUAGGUUGUCUGCUGGCUGAUAUAUUUAACCUAAAACUGCUUUUGUGCUUAGGAUGAUCUUGAGAUCGGUGUUUUACAGGGUAUGCGCGUUUGUAAUUUAUUCCUGACGACAAAGUUUGCAAACAGGCAUGCAUAUGUUUUUAAUGAUGAACACAGAUAAGCUUUGUUUAUUGAAGACAGGAUCAAGUGCAGCUGUUUGAUAUUUAAAAUGCCUAUCUGUGCCUCACAGUCCAGAUGUCCGGUUCGUGUGACAUGUCAUUCAUGUUUCUAAAAUGCUUAAGGGUUGUUUGCGUAUACUGUUUAUGCCUUACAAAUGUUUUGUGACCAGUUUUGAAUGGACCACUUCAGCAUGGGCCUCUUGCUCAAAAUUACUAAAAAGGUAGCUAAAAACAGGUAAUAGCACAAGUAUUGUAGAAAAUGCAUGGAUGGAUGCCUGUCUCUAUUAAUAUUAUUUAAAUUUUGUAUUGUUAUUAACUUUGAAUACCUGUGCUGAGGCUGCUAAACUGAUUCUUGAGCUAUGACAAACUAACAAAAGUAACACAAGACAAUACAUUUUGAUUGCUGUUAUGAUAAUACAGUAUAUACAUAAUUAACUUUCUAGCUUGUGUUUUCACAGAGUAGCCUAACAAACAAACAGACAAACUAUGAUGCCACAUUAUUACUCUGACAUGUUUUUCAUGCUUGUAAAUCAUAUACUAUAAGCCUGUAAAUUGCUGUGUGUGGUUGUAAAUAUGUAUUUUAUAUUUGUCCAAAUUAUAUCCAGUUACAGCAUUGA